GUUGUUUCCGGGGGGGAAGCAUUUGACUGCGGCUCAUCACAACUCCGCUCUUUGAAAACAUGAACGAUUCAAAAUUCUGCUUUUAAAGACGGUUUUAAAUUAGGUUUUUAAAAUGGAGGGUUCGUCCAAUAACGUCGCAUCUACCUCCUCCUCUUCCUCCUCCUCUUCCUCUUCUUCGGCCUCGCCCUCUGUCGCCGCUCAGGUCCCGUUCCUUCACCUCUGCAACACUUUGGAGCGAAUCCAAAAGGCCAAAACGCGCCCGGAAAAAUCCAAAAUCCUGGGAGACUUCAUGGAAACCUGGCGAAAGUUCCACUCGGUUUUACACAAAGAAAAUCCCAAAACCACAGACUCGUUUUACCCGGCAAUGCGUCUUAUCGUGCCGGCGUUCGAACGGGAGCGCAUGGCGUACGGCAUCAAGGAAAACAUGCUCGCGAAACUGUACAUCGACGUCCUGGGGCUGCCGAAAAACGGGCCUGAAGCGAAUAAACUUUUAAAUUACCGCGCGCCGACUUCUACGCAAGGAGAGGCCGGCGAUUUCGCUGGAAUGGCCUUCUUUGUUUUGAAAAAGCGCUGCACUGGUGAUGGCAAACUUACCAUAAAAGAAGUCAACGAUUUUCUAGAUUCUGUGGCGAUUAACAACGCAAACAAGAAGAAGGACUUGGUCAGGCAAAGUUUGCUGCAUCUCAUCACGCAGAGUUCGGCGUUGGAGCAAAAAUGGUUGAUCCGAAUGAUUAUAAAAGACAUGAAGAUUAGUAUCAGUAAAGAAACGGUGCUGCAGGUUUUCCACCCGGACGCGCCAGAGCUUUACAACGUCAACACGGACUUGAAGAAAGUUUGUCUGCAGCUCCACGACCCCGCAGUGUCGCUGAGUGAAGUCUCGAUCGGAUUAUUCUCCGCGUUCAAACCGAUGCUCGCCGCCGUCGCCAACCUCCGCAACAUCGAAAAGCAAAUGAGCAACAGCCCUUUUUACAUCGAGACCAAACUCGAUGGCGAGCGCAUCCAGCUGCACAAAGACGGCGACGUUUACAAGUACUUCAGCCGCAACGCCUUCGAGUACACGCAGCAGUUCGGGGGCUCGCCGCUCGAGGGCUCCCUCACGCCGUACAUCCACAACGUUUUCAAAAGCGACGUCGUGAACUGCAUUUUGGACGGGGAGAUGAUGGCGUACAACCCGACCGCCGAGACGUUCAUGCAAAAGGGAAGCAAGUUCGACAUCAAGAAGUUAAUGGAGGACUCCGAGCUGCAGACGUGCUUUUGCGUGUUCGACGUUUUGCUGGUGAACGAUCGGAAACUGGGGAAGGAGACGUUGAAAAAGCGAUACGAGAUUCUGCAGACCGUCUUCACGCCGGUUAAAGGGCGCAUUCACAUCGUGCCCAAAACCGAAGUGAAAAGCACCAAAGAGGUUAUAAACGCUUUGAACGACGCGAUAGACGGACGCGAGGAAGGGAUCAUGGUCAAAGAUCCGAUGUCCAUCUACAAACCAGAUAAACGCGGCGAGGGCUGGCUCAAAAUCAAACCCGAGUACGUCGACGGUUUGAUGGACGAGCUCGACUUGCUUAUAGUCGGCGGUUAUUGGGGAAAAGGCAGACGGGGCGGAAUGAUGUCGCACUUUCUCUGCGCUGUAGCCGAAGCGCCGAAACCGGGAGAAACGAAACCUUCAGUUUUCCACACGCUUUGCCGAAUCGGAUCGGGCUACACCAUGAAAGAGCUUUACGAUCUGGGUUUGAAACUGGCAAAACACUGGAAAGUUUACAAGAAAAACGAUCCGCCGGCGUCCAUUCUGUGCGCGACGGAAAAGCCGGAGGUUUACAUCGAACCGUGCAACUCCGUGAUCGUCCAAGUCAAAGCGGCAGAGAUCGUGAGCAGCGACAUGUACAAGACGAACUGCACGCUGCGCUUUCCCCGGAUCGAGAAAAUCCGAGACGACAAAGAGUGGCACCAGUGCACGACGCUGGCCGAGCUGGAUCAGUUCCGGAGCAAAGCGUCGGGGAAGCUGGCGUCGCGGCACCUGAGCCUGGAGGACGGAGCGCCACAGAAGAAGAAGAGGAAGGUCCCGGUGAAGCCCAAGAAGGUGGUGGGGGUCGUGGAGCACUUCAAACCGCAGGACCUGAGCGGCGUCCAGAAGGAGACGGACAUGUUCGAGGACGUGGAGUUCUGCGUCAUCAACGGCACAGAGGAGCAUGACAAAGCGGCGCUGGAGCGGGGCGUGGCCAGUUGCGGCGGUAUCGUGGUGCAGAAUCCGGGUCCGGACACGUACUGCGUCCUGGUCGGCGCCGAGAACAUGCGCGUGAAGAACCUCGUCGCCUCCAACAAACACGACGUGGUGCGGGCGGCGUGGCUCCUCGAGUGCCUGGAGCGGAAGGAGAUGGUGCCGUGGCAGCCGCGUCACAUGAUCAGCAUGACGCCCUCCACCCGGGAGUACUUCGCCAAAAAGUACGACCGGUACGGCGACAGCUACGACGUGGACACGGACGCGGAGCAGCUGCGGGAGGUGUUCGACAGGAUCACGUCGGUGGAUGUGGAGGUGGAGGCGGCGCGGGUGGAGCAGCGGUACGGCUGGGAGGACCUGCCCACGAGCAUGUUCCGACCCUUCGCCGCGUACAUGGAUCGUUUCGAGGACAUCGGGGAGUCGCGCGUGCCGAGGGCGGGGAGCGUGCUGGACGUUCGGGCGCUGGAGUUCGAGCUCCACGGGGGGCGGGUGGAGCGGCGGCUGGAGGAGGGGGUGACUCACGUGGUGGUGCAGGACGAGGGCUCGGUUCUGGAGCUCAGGACUUUGCGCAGAACCUUCAGGAGGAAGUUCAAGAUCGUGAGAGACUCGUGGGUCACGGACUCGAUCAGCGCCGGGUUUGUGCUCGACGAUCACGACUACCUCGUUUAAAGAAGCACUGCGGAACUUUGGGUUUGGGCUCCGUCACCUGCCUGUUUUUAAACUACUACUACAACUUCUACAAAUACUACUACUACUACUACAAAUACUACUACUUCUACAAAUACUACUACUUCUACAAAUACUACUACUUCUACAAAUACUACUACUAAUACUACUGCUUCUACUUCUAAUACUGCUACUGCAACUACUACUACUACUAUUAUUAUUACUACUACUACUACUACUAUAACUACUACUUCAACUACUACUUCAACUACUACUGCCACUAUUACUACUAGUACUAAUACUGCUAGUACUAUUAUUACUACUACUACAAAUACUACUACUAUUACUGCUACUAGUACUAAUACUACUACUAGUACUAUUACUGCUACUACUACUACUACUACUACUACUACUACUACUACUACUACUACUACUACUAC